UAGCAAGUGAGAAGCUUACCCAGCCACACUUUUCCACCUGUUCUCUCGUGAAUCUGACUGCUGAAUCUCUAUCAGCAGCUUCGUUGCCCUGAGAUCGACCCCAUCAAGUGCCCUCCUGACGUCUAGGAUAAAAGUUCCUCCUUGCAAAACUUCCUCCUGCCAGAAGCCAGCUCAGGAGAGCGUCGACUCCCAGAAGGAGAAUGAGGCAAGUUUCAUCUCUGAGUUUCAGCUCCCGGAUGCUGGCUCAUUCUUGCAGACGAGCAGGAAGGAGAAGCUGCUACGGCCACGCCCUUACACUCCCAUGUAAUAAGGCUGAAGAUCACAGGAGCAUGAUGGAGUUCAGUCACGUAUCAGGCGAGAAUUUCCCAAAGAACACGACCACUACCGACAGGGAAAUCUUAAAGUCCCUCAGGCCAAGCCAUGCUCAGCUUAUCGAUCCUGUGAUCAUAGGAAGCCAAGACAGGUCCGAGCCUCGACCCUUCGCCUCCAUUCCCGGACCCAAACCUCUUCCUGUGAUUGGCAAUACAUUCCUCUUCACUUCUAUCGGAGGGUACCCGCUGGAGAGGUUCUGGGAGUCCUCGAGGAAGCUGUUUGAGGAAUACGGUCCCGUUGUCCGGAUCGCCAAGCUUGCUGGGGACGUGGAUAUGGUGAUGGUGUUCCAGCCAGAGGACACCAGAAGAAUAUUUAAGGCUGAGGGCCAGUACCCAGUUCGUCCUGGACUGGACAUCCUCAAACACUACCGCUCUAGACGGCCCCAGUGGUUCACCUCACCUGGCCUGGUCCCGGGGAACGGGCCGGAGUGGCGCCGUCUGCGAAGUGCCAUCCACUCCCUCCUGCGGCCGGAGGUGGUGAGCAGGUACCGGGCGACGCAGAACGAUGUGGCGAAGGACUUGGUCGGCCUCUUGAGAGAGCACACCUCGCUAGGAGGAGGAGGAGGACCUGGCGACGGACAUCGUCAGCAGAGUCGCGUAGUUAAGGAUCUUUUGCCACUGCUCUUCCGUUACACGCUAGAAGCUGUUGGUGUGGUGUCCCUCGGUACACGCCUGGGUUGCCUUGACGAUGCUCACGCCGCCAACACAACCAGAGCCCAGAGGGUCAUUUCAUCCAACAUGGAUACAUUACGGUUGCUUGGGAAAUCGAUCUUUUCCCCACCACUAUACAAGGUCUUCCCCACACCGUCCUAUCAGCGUCUGGCGGCCGCCCAGGAUACAAUCGCCAGGAUCGUGCAAGAGGAGGUGCUCCUCCGUCAGGCAGAGCGGGCAUCGGAUCCCCACGGAUUCUCCUCCAAGCACCCGUUCCUUGACUCCCUCCUGACCAACAGCAAUCUAUCCCCAAGUGACGUCUUUCUUCUACUGGCGGAAGUGUUUCAAGGUGGCAUUGAUGCGACGGCGACGACGUUGGCCUUCUGCGUGUACUUCUUGGCCAGGGACCAGAGGACCCAAGACCUACUCCUCCAGGAGGUGAAGGAUAUCGACCCAGCCACCCAUUCUCUGCAGGGACUGGUGUAUCUGCGAGCGGUGGUGCAGGAGACGUUGAGGCUGCGACCCUCGGCAUCCUCCAGGAGCCGAGUCAUCCAGGAAGACACAGUGUUCUCCGGCUACCUGGUGCCAAAAGGAACGUACGUCACCUCACCUCCUGUAGUCUCAUGCCAUGACCCAGGAGUCUUUCCGGAGCCCGAACUCUUCAGGCCAGAACGUUGGAUUCCCGGGUCUACCCCGCUGGACGUGGCGUCGACGCAUGGUAAAGAUGGAAUGGCUUCGGGGAGCAAGAUUCACCCUUUCACCGUUCUGGCGUUUGGUCACGGCGCUCGCAUGUGUCCAGGCAGACGUCUGGCCGAACAGGAGAUCAAGCUCGCUCUCAUCCAGCUUGUGCAAUGCUUCAAGAUGGAGGUGGAGAACACGACUGAAGAUGUCACCAUCGGCCAAGUAAUGCGUCUCAAUAUGAUGCCUGAGAAGCCUUUCGCUAUCAGGUUCAUACCACGAAAUAAUACCAACACAUAAGUCUCUCUCUUGUCAUAUAUUGUAGAGAAAGUUUUAUGUGGUUUAGAACGAGCUCAAGGAAUAAGAGAUUUCUGAAUGACAUUUAGUUUUCAUGGAUAUAAAAACUAACGUUGAAAUGAAAAAUUUCAAAGUUAACAUAAGUAGAAUGGGUCUGAAAACAUGAGGAAAACAGAGUAUUGCUGGAAUUAGAGAGAGAGAGAGAGAGAGAGAGAGAGAGAGAGAGAGAGAGAGAGAGAGAGAGAGAGGAAUGAGGCUGAAUUAAAAUAAAUUGUAAUCAUUAAAUGUAAGAAAACAGGGUCACCCACCUCCUUCUAACUAUUUAAUUCCGGUAUUAACUUAAGCCUGGGUCUUACUAAAAAAAAAAAGAACAAACAGUUGGACUACAACUCAGUCGGUACUGCUUUAUUUUUAAUUUUAUAAUUACAUAUUGUGGCGUUAAUUUUUAUUUCACAGUAAAUUUAAUAAAGAAUAAUAAUACAAAU